AUGGUACGCAAAAGAAAAGAACGGUCUCUCGGGGGGCUGGGUGAGAAGCAUCCGGAACGUAAAAGGGCCAGGUUGGAUCGGACUACGAGUCGGAUCAAGCAUUGCGUACUGCCACAGUAUUAUGACAAUGUACAGACACUCCGCGAAUACCUGCUUUCGAAGCUGCCGGGCUCUUCGAGGCUUCGUCGCAAGAAAAUAGCUUUGUUAGGGAAGGACGAGAAUCGGCCAAGUAAGGAAGGCCACGAUUACAUCCCGGAGCUGGUUGUGUUACUAGAUACGACGCUGGUUUGCACACAUCAUCGCUCCCAGGCUCAAUCCGAUUCUAGGUGGGAGCAGUGGAGGUCCUUUUCGCAGAAAGCAGACGAAUCUGUCGUAUCGGCUUCAGGGAACCUUGCCAGCGCCGCAGCUUCGCAAUCAGAGAUUGUUGACUUUGUCAUCUGGCAACUUUUCUCCAGAAUCCAGCCUCAUACCGCGUGGCCGAAACAUAUCCUAUGCGAUGGCUUCAAAAAACGAGCUGAAAAUGUCGCCAACGGCAAUGGCCAAGACGCUGCCGGGCCCAUUCCGGGACUCGCUUCCGUCCAACCGAAUCACAGUGUCCAAGCUCUCAAGGAGACUCCGUGGCCGCAGACCCUUAUGCUGCUUGGAAAAUCGGGCGAGCAGAUCAUGAUUGAUCUACUUAUUGACACGGCCGUCUUCCUCCCGGUAAAGGCCGGCAUUGGCAAUUUGCACCAACUGAGCGGUAUUCCAAUAUUGGAAACCGGCGUGUCAGUAGGUACGAACCAGAGUAAGACGGAUCAUUCGAAAGGCCAAUUCAAACCGGUAGAUGCCGUUCACGAACGACUUCCUUCCGAAAUAACUUUUGUGAGGAACCGCAUGCUCUACGCCAGAGCCGCACUCACCGCCAAGGGCACUGUCCAUCACGGCCUCAGACAUAUACAUCAGGCGUCAGAAGAAGAGAAGGGAACUCUGCCCGUAUCCAAUGAGCGAAACACACUCAAGGUCAUGAUGUAUAUUUUCCCUCGGCAGUUUGGUCUACACAACGUGUUUACCUCAGCGAUUGAUUACUCCAAGACCUCUCAGAAGUUUGCAGACUACACCCUCCGCGAGGAGGAAAUCUCCACGGUAUACAAAGAGCAGAAAGUGCGACUUCCCAAGCGACUACGGGGAGACGCCAAACGGCUUGUCGAGAGGCUCCAACUUCUCCAUGGCCGUUGCGUCUACGCAGAGUUACUGCGACAUUACUGUCCAACUCCUAUCGACUUUAGGUCUCGCACCACUCUGUCGAAGAAGACAAUGAAGCAGCCUCCAAACCUUCCUGUUUCUCAGACACCAGGAAGUCGGACGCUACAGACGGAGCACACUCGUCUUUCCAGUAAUACAACACAGAGCCGCCACAAGUCACGUCAACCAGCCUCGUCUCUGCCGGCGAUCAAAUUCGAUGCAGUGACUGAAUUGGCGACUUCUGCGAGCCACGUGUCCGCCUAUUGUCAGGCUGUGUUGGCCAAGGUCAUUCCCAAUGAGUUUUGGGGGUUCGGCGACGACCAGGUUCACAACAAAAACCUAAUACUGAAGAAGGUCGACCAUUUUGUCAGAAUACGGAGGUUCGAGAGCAUGACCCUGAAUGAACUUGCCGACGGUAUCAGGGUGACGAGCAUGGCAUGGUUAGCGCCACCCGCUCUGACGGGACAGAAGACCAGUCAAACGGACAUGAAGAAACGACUCGAGAUACUGAAUGAAUUCCUGUAUUAUGUUUUUGAUUCUCUCUUGAUACCCCUUUUGCGCAGCAAUUUCUACAUCACCGAAUCAAGUUCUCAUCGUUAUCGGCUCUUUUACUUUCGACACGACAUCUGGCGGUACGUGGCAGAGCCAGCGAUGACGACCCUCCGGACCACCAUGUUUGAGGAGGUCAAACUCGAUCAGGCUACCCGUGUCCUCGACUCCAGGCGUUUGGGCUUCAGUCGCAUCAGGCUGUUGCCGAAGGGGAAAACUAUGCGGCCGAUCACGAAUCUGCGAAGGAGGACGGUUGCCAAGGGCAAAGGCACAAUCCUUGGGCCCAGUAUUAACUCCGUCCUUGGGCCCGUUCACUCCAUGCUCAGGCUGGAAACGGAGCGCAAUCCAUCCAAGCUCGGCUCUUCGAUGUUCUCUGUGGGCAAUCUCUACCCCCGACUGCACGCUUUCAGCGCUAGUUUCGGAAAGCAACAUCCAAAGUUUUACUUCGCCAAAGUGGAUGUGCAGUCUGCCUUUGACACAAUCCCACAGACUGCCGUCAUCCGGCUGAUGGAAGACAUCCCCAGCGAGAAACAGUACAUCAUCAAAAAGCACGUCGAGGUCAAGGCGGCUUUGUUGGAUAGCCAGCCCCAAAAGCAUGCAGUCACAAAACUGAUGCGACGGUGGCACUCCAUCGCUGUCACGCGCAACGACACGACCGACUUCGCGCAACUAGUCGAGAGCCGUCUUGGGAAGAGCCGGAAGAACACAGUCUUUGUGGGCAACGCAAUGAGGAGGGAGGUCGGGAUCAGGGAGCUGAUGGACCUGAUGACGUCGCACAUCAAGCAGAACCUGGUUAAGGUCGGCAAGAAGUUUUACAGGCAGAAGAGGGGCAUUCCUCAAGGCUCCGUGCUCUCCUCGGCCCUUUGCAACUACUUUUAUGCGGACCUGGAGGCGCAGCGCCUCUCGUUCCUGGCGGCGGAGGACUGUCUUCUUUUGAGGCUGAUUGACGACUUUCUCCUUAUCACGACAGAUCCGUCGAAGGCGCGCGAGUUCGUUGAGGUCAUGCACGGCGGGCUCCCCGAGUACGGCGUCACGGUCAACCCUAAGAAGACGCUGGUCAACUUCGGCAUGGCCGUCGAUGGAAUGAGCGUGGCUAGGAUGCCGGAGGGGUCUCGUUUCCCCUAUUGCGGCCUGGGUAUUGACUGCAACACACUUGACAUCGUCAAGGACCGGGAACACAUCAAAGACGCCGGUAAGCUCAACGUCUCCGUCCUUCAAAUGCAGCAACUUGGUAACCUAAUCGACUUGGCAGUUGUCUCUAAUGCUCUGACGAUCGACUACGGCAACAAGCCCGGCCAGAACUUCCAACGGAGAGUCCUGAGUGAGUACAGCGACAGCCGCAGCCGUUGCCGUCACGUAUCGAUUAACAUUGCCACAGACGCCUUCAAGAUCCAAUCCCACCUCAUGUUCUACGAUACCAAGCACAACGCCAUGGGGACCGUCAUGUCGAACCUCCACAAGGCCUUUGCGGAAACGGCCGAGAAGAUGUGGGCUUACUGGCGCUGCCUCCCCGCGGGGGGACGACCCGUAGACAGGUUGAUCAUGCAGACCGUGACAAAAGUCAUCGACGUAGCCUUUGUUCUGCUCACGAGCCAGGCGAGGCGGGAGAAAUACCCAGAGUACGUCUGCGACAUCGAGAAGACGCAUGUCGCAUGGCUCGCGCUCGACGCGGUGAGAAAGGUCCUCGCCCGAAAACAAGCAAACUUCGCGGGCGUCCUAUCGUGGAUCGACACUGAGCUCGGGAAGCUCGACUCUAAGCAGGUAGCACGCGCGACAAAGCACAUUCGUUGA